AUUUUCUGAGUUUGGAAUGCAAUUGAUUUAUGUUUGUUCCACGAUGCUACGCAGCUCUUAAAUGUACGAGCUCUUGCGGCUGAAAGUCUGCUUUUAGGACAGGCCCUGCAGUGACAGGCUGCGGCAUGGCAGGGAGAGACCCAGGUAAUUCUGGCGGGGCAGCGGCUGGCGAUGCAGGACCCAGCAGGUAUCCAGCCAUCCAGCCAGCCCGCCUUACGUAAGGACUUCAUUUUCGUUAGGCUACAUCUCGCCGCGCGAGGCACAGGAGAAGAGGCUAUUCCAUCUCCCGGUGCAGCCCAGUCCCCUGUGCCAGGCCCAACAUCCGCAUCCUCGCAUUUUUUAAUUUAUUUUUUUUUUUUUUCCUCCUUUCCGAACAGCACAUCUACACAGUGGCGUUUACCUAUUCGCUCGCGCCGCGGCUGCCAUGCAACCUAUGUGGGCGCCCGGUUGGCACAGCCCACGUUCAUCGGAGCGAUGCCGAAGAGGAAACCCCCGGUCCCUCUCCGGGCGAGGGGCGCGCUGCGGGCCGGCUCCGGGCGGGCAGCUCUCCCUCCUCAGCGGCGGCGGCGGCGGCGGCGGGAAUGCUCCGCUCUGCGGCCAGCGGCGGGCAGCGUCCAUUGCAGCUCGGCGGGUCCGAGUCCGGAGUCCGAGGGCUCCGGCAGCCAGCGGGGGCACCCGGCCCCCACUCCCCUAAACACCGCUGGCCAGCUCUCCCCGAGGAGGAAGGAGCACGGCGGGGCCGCUCGUCCCGUAUUUCACCGCCCCGGAGACGCCGCCACCGGAGCGAUUAAAACAAAGCGGAGAACCGCCACUUUCCACACUCUUCGCGCACCGAGUAACGCGGCUGGCUACGGGAGCUCAGCUAGCAGGGACGAAAAACACGGGGGGGGGGUGUUAAAGGAGGAGAGCCCACCCUCCACCCCAGCAGCCCCCCGGCUGAUGCCCGCGCCCGGCGCACCCCAGCGCUGCCCGGCGCACCUGACAGCCCGCCGCGCCGCGCUGUAUUUCCCUCCCUUAGCGACAGGGGAGGGGCGCGCCGGCCGCGGCGCCGCCAUUGGCGGAGGGCAGCGGCGCGGCGCCGCCAUUGGCUGCGGCGGCGGCCAAUGGUGCGCGCUGUAUCCGGGAAGCAGGAGGCUGCGGAGCUAUUUAAAUCCUGCCCGGUGA